CGCUUACCACGGCGACUUAAUACAGGCAGCCGCGCACGCCUCCCCCCAUUCCACGCUCCAAACUCCAGAGACCCCGAACCCUCGCUUGCCACUUGCCACCCGAUCAACCAGCCGGCCGAUCCGCCAUGGCGACCGCGUACUAUGAGAGCGGCGGCGCGCGCGACGCCGAGGAGCCGGACGACUUCGACGAGUUCGACCCCACGCCGUAUGGCGGCGGGUACGACCUCGCCGUCACCUUCGGCCGCCCGCUGCCACCGUCCGAGGAGACCUGCUACCCGUGCUCCGCCCCCUCCACCUCCUACGACGCGCCUCACUACUCCGCCUCCGAGCCCUCCCCCUACGGGCACCACGCAAAGCCCCAGCCCGCGUACGGCUUCCACCCCCAGCAGGAGCAGCAGCCGUCCUACGGCUCCUCUGGCGGUGGCUACGGAUCCAUGCCCCAGCCCGCGGCGGAGGAGGGUGGCGGCUACGGAUCUGGCUACGGAUCCGGGUAUGGAGGGAAUAAGGAGGAGAGCUACGGGUCUGGGUAUGGAUCCGGGUAUGGGAGGAAUCAGGAGCAGCAAGAGGAGAGCUAUGGCUCUGGGUAUGGCCGUAAGCCACAGGCGGAGAGCUAUGGGUCCGGAUACGGCGGCCAGACGCAGGCGGAGGAGAACUACGGGGCAGGGUAUGGAUCUGGAUACGGCGCGAAGCCGCAGGCUGAGUGCUACGGCUCAGGCUACGGGAGGAAGCCGCAGGUAGAGGAGAGCUACGGAUCGGGGUAUGGGAGAAAGCCUCAGGUUGAGGAGAGCUAUGGAUCAGGGUACGGGAGCAAGCCGCAGGGUGGAGAGGAGUACGGUAGCGGUGGGUAUGGGAGGAAGACUCAGGAGGAGAGCUAUGGUGGUUCUGGGUAUGGGUAUGGGAAGGAGGCGACUGAGGAUGAAGGUGUAGCCUAUGGCUCCGGUGGGUACCAGAAGCCGAAGCCGUAUGGGGAGGAGACGCAGGGCUUGUACGGGGAGGAGAAGCCAAAGUAUCAGAGCAGUGGGUACGAGAGGCCGGGCUAUGGCGGGGGAGAGGAGAACCUGGGGAGCUAUGGCCGUAAGAAAAAUGAUGAUGACUCCGAUGAUGAGAAGAACCAGCGUCAUCAGAAGCACCACCACCAUCGCCGCUUUGACUACAAUGAUUAAGCACCCAAUCCCAAAUUGGGUACCUUCUGGUGGGCAUGGUCUCGGUCUGCCGCCAUUGCCACUAUAUCUCGUUACUGCAUAAAUAAAGACGGGUGUACUUGCCUUCUGGACACUGGGCCAUUGUUGGCUCCUUUGGAUUGGUACUGCUUCACCCAUAAACGUUGCUCUGUGUGUGGUUUCUAUGUUCGAAAUCGUGGCCCAAAUAAGUUCUGGCUGUAUGUUUGUGAUGGACUUUGUAUGUGCCUGUUGAGGCUCAACUGAAUUACCUUGGUACUUGAUCGUGUGGUUGGGUUUCUUUCA